AUGGAGGAUGGAUUCGGAGGGCUGAGACACAUGUUGACGAUUGUUUUCCUGACAGGAUCCGCCGGAUUCAUGGUAGCACCAGUGAUCACUGACGUCACCGUAGCCGCCAUUUGCUCCGGACAAGACGACUCAUGUUCUCUCGCCGUCUAUCUCACCGGAUUCCAACAAGUGGUAAUAGGGCUUGGGACAAUGAUAAUGAUGCCGAUUAUUGGAAAUUUAUCAGACAGAUACGGAAUCAAAGUGAUUCUCACUCUACCCAUGUGUCUCUCCAUUCUUCCUCCUGUAAUUUUAGGGUACAGAAGGGAUACACACUUUUUCUAUUUGUAUUACAUAAUCAAGAUUCUGACCGCUUUCGUAUGCGAAGGCACCGUUGACUGUCUCGCAGCAGCUUAUGUGGCAGAAAAUAUUCAAGUCAGAAGAAGAACAUCAGCUUUUAGUAUUUUAGCUGGUAUCAUAGUGACAUCUGCACUUUCCGGAACUUUAGUUGCUCGUUUUCUACCCACAGCUUGGAUUUUUAAGGUUUCAGCUAUAUCAUAUCUCGUUGCCCUGGUUUACAUGAGACUUUUCCUAAAGGAAAGGCUAAAUGAUGAUGAAUAUGGUGAUCAUCAUCAUUGUACGUAUCAAGAGGAUCAUGAUGAUAAUGAUGUCACCAUGUUGUCCGAGCCGAUUCUGAACGACACAGCCAUUAAACCACGUGUCUUUAACAAGAAGCAAUCUUCAUUGAAAGAUAUGAUCUUCUUGAUGAAGACUAGUACCAUAUUCGUUCAAUUAUUGGUUGUUACAUUCUUCAGCAGUUUCUCAGAUAGUGGAAUGCAGUCUGCUUUCUUGUAUUUUCUAAAAGCACGUUUUGGAUUUGACAAGAACCAGUUUGCUGAUCUCAUAUUGUUGAUUACCAUCGUUGCGUCCAUCUCUCAACUGUUUGUACUACCAAGAUUUGCUUCUGCCAUUUCGGAACGCAAGCUUUUAUCAACAGGGCUUUUUAUGGAAUUCAUGAACAUGGCCAUUGUCAGCAUUUCUUGGGCUCCAUGGGUUCCUUAUCUCACAACUCUGUUUGUACCUGGAUCCAUGCUUGUGAUGCCAACGGUUUGUGGUAUUGCCUCAAGACAAGUCGGACCCGGUGAACAGGGAAAGGUACAAGGAUGCAUAUCAGGAGUGAGGUCCUUUGGGAAAGUAGUGGGACCAUUUGUGUUUAGUCCAUUGACAGCACUGUUUCUUUCCAACAAUGCACCGUUCUAUUUCCCUGGAUUCAGCCUUCUAUGCGUCGCCUUGUCCUCGAUGAUUGGUUUCUUGCAGAGUCUAAGGAUAAAAGAUGUUCCUGCUCCAACAUUGGACAAACCAAUCAACAUCAGCUCGAGUGAAGAAGUGUGA